CCCGCGCGUUGGUGUAAGACGGUGGCUUUCGUUACCUUCCGCACCUGCCCGUCCCCGGUGCGGCAGCGUCUCCCGCACCGUGGCUUGGUUGUCCCGAUCUAGCCUCGGCUUUGACACUUCCAGAUCGUCACCGGGGACUCUUGACUCGCCCUAACGGUGCUUGGAGCUGCCCUGUUUCCUAGGGCGUCUUUCUGCGGAGGCCAGAGCCUUGGACACAGCCUCAGGCCCUCCCGCGACAUGGAUCAAAAACUGUUAAAGUUGGUAGAAGAGCUCACAACUUCAGGAGAACCCCAACUGAAUCCUGAGAAAAUGAAGGAACUGAAGAAAGUUUGCAAGUCUUCAGAGGAGCAGCUCAGCUGUGCCUACCGCCUGCUGAAAACACAGCUGACCCAGGACCAUGCUGAGGUCCGCCUGUCCGCCUUCCAGAUCGUGGAUGAGCUCUUCACCAGGUCUCACCAGUUCAGGGUGCUGCUUGUUUCUGACUUCCAGGAGUUCCUGGAGCUCACACUGGGCACCAACCAUGAGCAGCCCUUGCCGCCCCCCAGAGAGGCAGCCCAGAGGCUGAGGCAGGCAGCCCUGCGCGCUGUGGAAGGGUGGAAUGAGAGGUUUGGUGAGGCCUACAAGAAGCUAGCCUUGGGCUACCACUUCUUAAAACACACCAAAAAGGUGGACUUUCAGGAUGUAAAUGGGAGGACUCUGGCAGAAAGGCAGCAAGAAGAGCAGAAGCAGAGGCACUUGGAUAGAAUCUACAGAGAAAGAGCCAAGCAGGCCGAAAGGGAAAUGGAAGAGAUGUCUGCAGAAGUUGGGUGCUGUCUGACGGAAGUGGAGAACUGCUUCAGGCUGCUGGUGCCUUUGGACUUUGACCGGUGCCCAGAAGCCAGCUUCCUUGAUGAGGGUCCCCCUGGUUCCUUGAGCUCAGACUGGGAAGUCCCUCACUGGUCAAGCACUCCUGAUGCCCCAGAUGAGCCAUGCUGCAGCAAGGACCUGCCCGCCUCUGCAUACCACCCGGGGGCCACUGGUGCUGGGGAGGGGCCACCCCAGGCAGCCACAGGGGACCCCUUGGAGGACGAGGAGCAGCCGUGCUGCAGCAAGGACCUGCCCGCCUCUGCGCAACACUCAGGGGCCGCUGGUGCUGGGGAGGGCUGCCAGGCAGCCGUGGAGGAUGCGCCCCAGGACGAGUGCAGCGGGGAGCAGUUUGUGCGCAGCCAUGGGCUGGGCUCACACAAGUACUCGCUGGACGUGGAACUGCCCUUGGACGGUCUGAAGGUGCAAGAGAAUGAUGACAAUCUUGCUGUCCUCCAUGCUGCCCGCGAUGCAAUCAAGCUCAUCCAGAACAAGUUCCUGCCAGCUGUGUGCUCCUGGGUCCAGAGGUUUACCCGAGCAGGGACCCAUGGUGGACACUUACGGUGUGCCAUCGACUUGAAGGCAAAACUGGAACUUGCGCUGAGAAAGUAUGAGGAGCUUCACGUGCAGCCUGAGUGGGGACCAAGGAGCAAGACUGAAGCCCCAGGGGACGAGGAGGAUGAGGACGACGAGGACUUUGUGGAGGUGCCGGAGAAGGAGGGGUAUGAGCCCCACAUCCCUGCCCAUCUGCGGGCUGAGUAUGGGCUGGAGCCCAAAGCCCCUCUGCAGGCUCUGGAGAAAGACGCAGCUGCACAGGGCUCACAGGCGACGAAGAGGACGAGAAGGGAUGAGGAGGCGUCGGACCCCACCUCUGCUGCUGCCCAGCUGUGGCGGCCCCACGACUGCCUGCCUCCUGUCCUACCCUCCUCUGUCAGGGCUCCACUGGGACCAGAGGAGGCCCAGAAACUGGCGGAAGAGCGGGCCCAGGCGCCCGUGGUACCCUUUGGAGUGGACCUGUGCUACUGGGGCCAGGAGCAGCCGGUGACCGGGAAGAUCCUCAGAUCUGAAUCUCAGCACCGUUUCUGGAAGCCCCGGGAGGUAGACGAGGAGGUGGACAGUGCAGAUGUGCCUGCCGUGUUCCAGAGCCGCCGCAUCACCUUUGCAGGGAAGUUUGAGCCUGUGCAGCACCGGUGCCGGGCCCUGAGACCCGAUGGCCGGCUCUGUGCGCGCCAGGACCGGCUGAAGUGUCCUUUCCAUGGGAGGAUCAUCCCCAGAGAUGAUGAGGGGCGGCCCCUGGACCCAGAGGACAGGGCCCGGGAGCAGCAGCAGCCACCACACAAGCAGUCACGCCCAGACUGGCAGGACCCGGAGUUCAUGAGGGACGUGGAGGCAGCCACAGGGGCAGACCUGGGCUCGUCGAGGUACAGCCAGAAGGGCAAAGGGAAGCGGAAGAAGCACCCCAACCUCACGGACCUGCGAGAGCGAGCCAACACCAGCCGGGCCCGCCUCAGGAAGAAGGUCUUCGCCAAGGCAGCUGUGCGAAGAGUGGUCACUGCCAUGAACCAGGUGGACCGGAAGAAGCACGAGAAGUUUGCAAACCAGUUUAACUAUGCGCUGAAUUAGAGGCUGUGCCGUGGCCCCUGAUCGUCAGCUCUUCUUCCUCUGCCAGCAUGGGGGAGGGAGUGUGGGUGUCCAUCUGGGAAGGAGCCUUUCUUGUGUGUGGUCAACAUCAGGAAAUGGUGUGCCAAGAUGCCCUGCAGUGGGGGCCUUCACCUGCCUGGGGGCCACCACCACCUGGUUGCUACGUGUCCCCUGUGGGGCAUCCUGUGGUUCUCUUGAGCCUGUGCACUGGGCGGUGUGGUCAGAGCCCAUGGACGGGCCCACGGUCGGCACCUCCUGCCCUCCACCCACGCUGCACCCCCCGGAGGCUGCCUCUGAGCAGAGCAGCUCUGGGAGGCCCACGCUCUGUCACUGUGCCCGCAAUGGGAACUCAACCCUGGUGGAGGCCAAGUCCAGGCCUCGGUGGCCCUAGUUCCCCCGCAGGGUGCUGAGGAGGCCCCUGCCCCCUGCGGAGUGUGGCUUCAGGGGCAGUGCGGGCUCACGCGGCUGCACUCCAGAGCACUCUGCUGCCCUACAGGAGCCGCUGGCCCCUUCCUGCCCGGGUCUGCCUCUGCCUUUUCUGGACAUUUCAGAUAUGGAGUUGUUCACAGGUGUCCUCGUCGCGCUACUGCCCCUUGGCGGAUGUUGUCAGACCCGUGGCACCUCAGUCCUCCUUCCUUUGCAUCACCUGGAGCCGAGAGGCUCCUCGGGUGUUCCUCUUUUGACCUUUGGGGUAUUCCCACGUUUUGGCUGUUGGGAAUAGCACUGCUGUGAGCGUGUGUGGACAAAGGUGGACAGAGGUUGUCCACCCAAGGGAUACACCAGGGGGCAUAGUGACUCCAUGCCCCACCUUUCAGUGAACUGCCAGGCCCCCUUCCAUGGGGAGGGUCUCCGUCCUGCACCCGCCAGCAGCCCAAGUCCCACUGGCCUGCUUCCUUACCAAGCUCAGGGUCACCUGACUUUUUAGUUUCUCGAGUCUUUGUGGACGUGAAGGGUUUGCUCGUGUUCAGAUUUGCAUCUCUGUAAUAACCAACGUUGAGCAUCUUCUGUUCUUAUUGGCCAUCUGUAGGUCUUCUUUGGAGAAACGUCUACCCAGAUCUUUCCCGUCUUUAAUGGGGUAUGUGUCCUGUGUUGUGAGAGUUUUGCAGAGAGUCUGAAUACCAGGCCCUUGAUACUUGCUGAUACCUCUUGCCCCCUGCCUUCUCGAUAGCACCUUUUAAGAGUCAUCAUUUUGUUGCAGUCCAACGUGUGUGUGUCUUUUUCUUUUGUUGCCUGUGCUCUUGGCGUCACGUCUGUGAUGCCAUUGCUCAUUUCAGGUCACAAAGAUCCGCUCUUCAGUUUUUUUCCUAAGACUUUCCUAUUUCUAGUUUUUAGUCCGGUCUUGGGUCCAUUUUAGGCUGAGUUGUGUAAGAUGUGAGGUGGCCCGCCUCCUCCUCUUGCCUGGGCCUGCGUGGCCCCCAGUCUGCAGUCCUCUCUCCGGCCCAUCAGCACUUUGCCGCUGCGGUGCUGCGGCUGCGGUUGAUUCCGUAUUUGGUGAACAUGAGUCCUUCAGCUUUGUUCUGUUCAGUGUUUUUGGCUAUUUUUGGGUCCUUUGCAUAGAAUGAAUUUUAGGAUUAGUUUGUGAGUUUUUGGGGAAAAAAACCCUACGAUUUUGAUAGAGAUUGUAUUCAGUCUAUAGAUCAUUUUGGGAAAUAGUCCCAUCUUGUCUUCUGAGUCAUGAAUUUUUGAUACCUUUCCAUCUGAUUGUCUUUAGUGGUGUUUUACAGUUUUAGUGAGUUUUUAUGAGUGUUCAUACAAAAUUGAAGCUGGCUGCAGUGGUGCAUACCUGUAACCCCAGUAACUGGGGAGGCUGAGGCAGGAGGAUUUCAAGGCCAGCCUCAGCAGUUUAGUGAUGUUGGGGAGCAGACAGAUGUGAGUGGUGGGAACAGGAGGUUAAGGGGAUGACUCUAUAACAUGGGCCCACUGUGCCGACCCCCACAUGCUUUCUUUUCUAAGAAGCAAUUUACCUGCAACCUUGCCUGGCCGAAGUGGACAGGAUGUGGCACAUUUCUCAGGAAACUACUUGUUACCUGCAGGAGAAAUGCAGGCUCAAAAUAAUGUUGAUGAUGGGGCUGGGGCUGAAGCUUAGUGGCAGAGCGCAUGACCCUUAGUACAACAUAGAACACCUGAAUAAAAUAAAGGCAUUCUAUUCAUCUACAACUACAGAAAAAAUGAUAAUAAUGUUGAUGAUGAGGGCGCGGUGGCCACGCUGGGCAUCCCAGCAGUUCGGGAGGCUGAGGCAGGAGGAUCGUAAGUUCAAAGCCAGCCUCGGCAACUUAGUGAAGCCCC